AUGACGCUGUAUAAUAAUCCCCAUGAAGAGCCGCUUGCCAUUGUUGGCAUGGCAUGCAAAUAUGCUGGCUCAAUCGACUCUCCAUCAGAUCUGCACCAGCAGGUCUUGGCUGCUCGUUCCAUGCAGGGCGCCAUGCCUUCGUCUCGCAUGGACGCUUCAUUUUACCAUCAUCCGAACUCCGAAGCAACCGGCACCACGUACACGAAAGGUGGAUACUUUCUUGACAGAGACGUGAAUGCAUUCGAUGCGGCGUUCUUCCAGUUGUCCGAGCUAGAUGUCUUAGCUAUGGAUCCGCAGCAGAAGAUGCUGUUGGAGAACGUGUAUCAUGCACUUGAAAAUGCUGGAAUACCAUUGCAGAAGGCCGUAUCAUCACUAGCCUCUGUUUUUGUUGGAUGUUCAAACAACGAUCAUCUCGCAUUGUCCAAUGCCGAUUUGUUGAUGUCCCUCAAGGGCAAAGGAACUGGAACCAGUCCAUCCAUUCUUGCGAAUAGAAUCAGUUGGUUUUAUGAUUUCCGGGGGACGAGCCAGACGAUCGAUACCGCGUGCUCAAGUAGUCUCGUCGCAUUUCAUCAGGCCUGCAUGGAUUCAAUCGUCAGCGGCGUCAACCUCAUCGAACACCCCGCCGCAACCCUCUAUCUCUCCAACCUCGGCGUCCUCUCACCCGAUGGACGAAGCUGGAGCUUCGACGCGAGGGCAAAUGGAUACGGUCGUGGAGAGGGUCUCGGAACGGUGAUUAUCAAGCCACUACGCUCCGCUCUACGCGACGGGAACCGCGUUCGCGCUGUAAUCCGAGCCUCCGGAUCGAACCAAGAUGGAAGAACGCCAGGAAUUACUGUUCCUAGCGUUGCUGCACAAGAGCAGCUAAUUCGCAGUGUUUACGAAUCCGCGGGUCUUAAUCUAUCGCAGACCGGGUAUGUCGAGGCCCACGGAACCGGAACCCAGGUUGGCGACCCCUUGGAGGUACAGGCCAUUGUGUCUGCCCUGGGCGACCGAACCCGCGACACGCCGCUCUAUGUCGGGUCUGUGAAAUCAGUCGUUGGCCAUCUCGAAGGAGGAGCUGGAUUAGCGGGUCUCAUUUCUGCUGCUCUGGCGGUGGAAUCGAAAACCAUUCCGCCUGUGGCUGGCCUGAAGACAUUGAACCCACGAAUCAUCCAGCGAGAUGAUCUGAAGUUUGCACAACAAGCCACGCCGUGGCCCAGAGACGAUAUUCGUCGCGCGUCUAUCAACUCAUUUGGGUUCGGUGGUACGAAUGCACAUGUUGUACUCGAUGAUGUCGAGGGGUUCUUAAAUGAGUUUCUCGGCUCCCACUUGACAGGAACCUUGCAGGUGACAGGCGCUUCGUCGACAUUGGCCUCAAAAGUGGUGAAUGAUCAUGCAAGUUAUUACACAAAGCCUGUUUCCAACGGGCAUGUGAAUGGUGUAAAUGGUGCUUCCCACUGCAGUUGGAUUCCGGAGAACCGAGUUUUCAUUCUGUCAGCAUUUGAUGAAGCUGGUUUGGACCGGAACGCGGCGUCUAUGAUAUCGCAUCUCGAAUCACUAAACUUCCAAGGAUACCCAGACAUGGAAGAAGCUUUCAUCAAUGAUCUAUGUCACACGCUAAACGAGAAACGUACCCUAUUUGACUGGCGCAGCUACCAUGUCGCUGACACUAUCGAGAACCUGCAAAAGUCGCUUCAGAAUGUCCGUUCACUUCGUCGAUCAGCAGCACCAAAAACAAUCCGGUUCAUUUUUACGGGUCAGGGCGCUAAUUGGGCUGGUAUGGCCCAAGACCUGAUGGUAUAUCCCUUAUUCCAAAAACGAAUCCGUGAAGCUGCGUUGUUUCUAAGAAACAUUGGAUGCCAGUGGGAUCUUUACGACCGGAUAACCUCAGAGCACGGUGACCUCAACGAGCCUACCUUUGCGCAAUCAUCAUGUGUUGCCGUGCAAGUUGCUUUAGUGGACCUGCUGCAUAGCUGGAAGAUAACGCCAUCAACGGUAGUGGGCCAUUCUUCUGGUGAAAUUGCAGCGGCUUACUGCGCAGGAAAAAUCUCACGCCAAACGGCAUGGAAGGUAGCCUACUGUCGAGGUCAGGUCUGUGCAAAGCAGACACACGAAGACGGCCGCAUGCUCGCCACGGCUAUGCCUGCAGAAGAACUAGAACGACUAAUAGCCCGCGUAAAUAAAGGUCUAUCAUCUGCAGUUCAGGUCGGUUGUUACAACAGUCCCAAGAACUUGACCCUGACAGGCAGGCAUGAAGGAAUCCUUCGUGUCAAAGGUGAACUGGACGAGGCGGGUGUGCUAAAUCGUUUGCUUCCCGUCAAGGUAGCCUAUCAUUCGAUCCUCAUGCGACAAGUUGCUCCGGAGUAUCUAGAGCUUCUGGGAGAUCUAGAUCUCGGUGACAAGAUUAACCAGGAAGUGGGCGUCACUAUGAUAUCCUCAGUUACUGGUCGGCCUGCACUUGCCGGGGAGGUUGAGAAUGCGUUAUACUGGGUCAAUAAUUUGGUUUCGCCUGUCCGCUUCUCAACCGCGCUCCUUACAUCAAUGAGAACUCCGAAUACGAACGGUUCUAAAGAGGAUGCACUUAUUGAAAUCGGACCGCAUGCGACCCUUCGGAGCGCCAUCAACGAGACGCUUGCAGAUCAUGCAGAGCUGCAGCCAUUCCAAUACGGAAGUCUGCUAAAACGAUAUGAGACCGAUGGAACAACAAUCCUCCACACGUUUGGCGUGCUGGCUUGUUAUGGCCAUGAGAUCAACCUUGCUGCCCUCAAUGAUCGCCGAUCGGGAACCAAGAAAAUAGCCAAAAUUCUCAGUGAUCUACCGCCAUACGCAUUUGACCACUCACGAUCUGUACGUGGCCAGACACGAAAAAUCGAACACAUCAAAUUCCCGGCCUACAAGCGUCACGAGCUUCUUGGUGUGCCAGUUGAAGACACGAAUACAUUCGAGCAGCGAUGGAGGAACAUCCUGAGACCGGACGAUAUCACAUGGCUGCGCAUGAACAGAAUGAAAGGAAAUAUCCACUUCCCCGGUGUCGCCUAUCUUUUGAUGGCCAUGGAAGCCGCCGUUCAGCGGGCUGGAGAGGCAGAGUCGAUCACCGGUGUCAGGUUAGGCAACGUGUCUAUGUUGGCUCCCCUGCCUGUUUCAGGCACCCCGGAAGGGGUCGAAAUCAUCUCUUCAAUCUACCCAAUGCACGCUUCAUCCAAGGGCACAGAUGACUGGUGUACCUUCAGGAUCAUCUCGCAUGAUGCUGCUGAGAAUUCUUGGAUCGAGCACUGCGUUGGCUCCGUUCGUAUAGAGACAAGUGAACAGAAAAUAUCCACCUAUCUCGUGAAGAAGGAAUCGCAAUCAACCUGCGAUAUAAGUGUCGAUAUCAACCAAAUGUAUCAACGCUUUGGCUCUGCGGGUAUGGAUUUUGGAGAAUUUUUGAAGAACAUCCAAGAUAUGCAUCUUUCCGCCGACCAUAAAGCCUGCACAGCAACUAUCGCGACGCCAGAUAUCCCAAAGACAGCUCAUGAUCGAUAUGCUAUUCACCCAUGCACGUUCGAAAGCAUCUUGCACGUACUUUUACAUCUUUGUGAAGCCACAAGCAGUCCCAUGGUAACAAACUACAUUGAAGAGAUUUUUAUAUCGUCUCCAUCCCACAAAACCGCCCCUAAGUUCCAGGCCUCAGCUGCAACGAACAGGACCUCUUCCACAACUUGGAGGUCAGAUGUUAUAAUCACUGCCCAAAAUGGAGAUCAGGAAAUAUCCAUCAAAGGCUUGGAUUUGGUUCAACUUCCUCCGAGUGAGACCGAGUCAUCGGAAGCCGAGUCAUUCUACGUCAUGAAAUGGAAGCCAGAUGUUCAUCUUGUCACAUCGGUAAAAGCUCUACGGGACUCAGCCCCCGUUGAGUUACAUCAGCGCCUUCCGAGUUUCGACGAUCACGAGGGAUUUCAGCUCGCUUCGGCAGUCUUUCUGCUUGAUACCAUGGACUACAUAAAAAAAGAAGGAUUGCCAUCCCUUCCAGACCAUCAGAAAUCUUUCAUGAACUGGAUGCAACAGGAAUGUGGAUUGAUCGCGGAAUCAUCAGUUCCAUUUGUUGACAGGGCCCUGGUUGAAGGCAUUCGGGAGAGCCCAUCGCGACGCAAAGAGCUGUUUGGUCGAGUAGCUAGCCAAAGCGCGCGAGGUGAACUCCUCGUACGGGUUGGCCUACAAAUGAUCCCUAUUCUAGAGCAAAAGGUCGACUGCUUGGACGUUAUGUUUGGGAAGGAUGACCUCAUGGACCGUACUUACGAGGAAGGACUUCCCGGGCACAUCGCUUCUGCGGUCGCGGGCUAUGUGCAUUGUCUUGCCCACAGUCGUACGGAUAUUAAGGUCCUGGAAGUCGGUGCCGGUACUGGCAGUGCGACAAAGGUAAUUCUGGACAGCUUAAUGCCAACAGCUAGGCUGGAUGGGGGAGGCCUUGUCUCGUCAGUCUCUACGUACCAUUUUACAGACAUAUCAGCGGCCUUCUUUGAGAAUGCGACCAAGCGGUUUCCGGACUGGGCGGGCAUUCUUCGUCCACAGGUACUGAACAUUGAAAAGGAUCCGGCGGACCAGGGGUUCGAACUGGGAUCUUAUGAUCUAGUCAUUGCGACACAUGUUCUUCACGCAACUGCCGACCUCAGUGUAUGUUUGAGCAAUGUUAAAAAGCUGCUCAAAUAUGGUGGUGACCUCAUUUUGAUCGAAAAUAUCAAACCGGAACUAAUGUGUUCGCCACUUGGAUUCGGUUUGCUCCCAGGAUGGUGGCGCAGUGUUGAGCCCUAUCGGCAGUCGAAUCCUUUGAUUGACGAAGAUCAAUGGCACGAGGAACUACAAAAUGCAGGACUUCAACAUCGGCUAUUAAUAAAAGAUACAGAUGACCAGAUCAACGAAAUGUCUGCCUUUGUGGCAGCGAACGUACCCUCAGACCGUAUCACGAAACGUCUGUUCAGCAUAAUUUACUCGUCCAAUUAUCCUGGGCAAUAUGACCUAGCUUGCAAGACCGCGGACGAGAUGACAUCGGAAGCAUGCGCUGCCGUUCUAGUUGACCUAAUCGAUGUUUCGUCUAAUCAGAUCGACACAAUUGGAAUUAUCUUACUCGGCUACCAGGGCUUAGACCUCUCUGAGCUCUCAAGCGCAGAAUUUGAGAAGAUCCAGUACAUUCUUGGCUCUUUUACCAACCUGCUCUGGGUUUCCCGUGAUAUUGAUGAAACACCUAAGUCUGCUUUGGCCACCGGGCUUGUUCGCACAGCUCGCUGGGAACGGGAUCAUGACAGCAUCAACUUCCUCAUGCUCGAAAUCAAGCAACAGUUCGGCGAUCUGCAAGGAGUCCUCUCUAAUAUUACUCGUGUGUGCAAGUACGCUUUUACAUCAGAGGCGCUUGUGCCGCGCAACGCAGAAUAUCGUCUACAAGAUGGGAUUUUGCUCACCAACCGUUUGUUUCCAGCCUCAGGGAUCAAUGAAUGUAUCGAUUCGGGGUCUAGGUCACGGUCCAAACUUGUCGAGCUGCGACAUGUCACACACCCCGUCAAGCUCACCUCGGUUAGCCCUCAUCAACCGAACGGAUUCCACUUUAUUGAGGAUGAAGACUAUAAACGGCCUCUUCAUCCACAUGAGGUGCAAAUUGAAGUCCGCGCUGUAGGUAUUGAUGAGCAGGAUGUUGACCGAUUCAGCCGCUCCAUCCCAGGUGAGAGCCUUGGCUGGCAGGGCGCAGGCAUUGUUGUCGGUCUUGGCGCCGCUGUACAAGGUCUCCAGGUUGGCGAUGCUGUCAUGGCGUUGCGCACCUCGGGCGGACCCUUCCAAACAUUCUUUCACGCUCAUUCUGCUGCUGUCGUGAAAGUACCAACUGGCUACAGCUUCACCGAAGCCGCUGCACUCCCAGUCGCAUUCUUCACUGCAUAUCACUGUCUCGCCAAUGUUGCCAGAAUCCAGAAAGAAGAAAAAGUCCUCAUUCAUCAAGCGACUGGAGGUAUUGGGCUAGCUGCGGUGCAGAUUGCUCAGUCUCUCGAAGCUACUAUUUAUUGCACGGUGUCGGACGACUCCCAGAGACAAUGUAUACUUGAAAUGGGGAUUCCUCCAGCCCAGGUGCUUGGCACAGAAUCGUGGAAGAAGGAACUUUCUGCCGUCGCCAACAGUGACAAAGUGGAUGUCAUUCUCAACCUCAGCCCACGUGGAAUCGAAAGCAAAGACCUGAAUUGUCUCUCCUCUUUUGGACACCUGAUAGAUCUGCACGGGCAAGGUAUUCUCGGUCCUGUGUCUGCUUCAACUUCGAACAGGACCUACUCUAUUGUUGAUAUCCGCUCUAUGGCCCUUCAAAAGCCGACAGCAGUCCAGGACACACUCCAAAAUGUAUCAAGACUCCUGGCGGAGCAGAAGAUCCGGCCUCUUUCACCAGCUGUUUUCGGUUUCUCCGGUCUUUCGAAUGCCCUUUCAGAGAUCCGGCAAGGGAUACCCGGCCCUUGGGUUCUUGAGCCAAGGCCCACGGAUCUGAUACCUGUUGUUAUCAAACCGCUAGGAGGACACACCUUUGACCCGAACGCGUCUUAUGUUCUUGUGGGCGGUUUUGGUGGUAUAGGUAGGAGCGUCACUCGAUGGAUGGUAACUCGCGGCGCGAGGAACUUCAUUUUCGUCUCACGAUCAGGCGCCAGCAGUGCUCCUGCUAAAAAGUUAUACACGGAGCUUCUGGCUUCUGGCUGUGGCGUGUCUGAUCUAGUUUGCGACAUAACCAACAAAGGAGCUGUGGUCCAGGCAAUCAGCAGCUGCCAGACAACCAUGCCUCCGAUCAAGGGAUGCAUGCAGUGCUCCAUGGUCCUUGAGGACUCCAUGCUCAGCAAUAUGACGCACACGCAGUUCCUCUCCGCGAUCACCCCCAAGGUACAAGGCACAAUAAACCUCGCAGCUGCGCUUUCUAACUCCCCCCUCGACUUCCUCAUCCUUCUGUCCUCAUCAGCCGGCAUAAUCGGCAACCGCGGGCAAGCCAACUAUUCAGCCGCCAACGCCUUCCUAGACGCAUUUGCCGCCUCGCUCGUCCAGAAAGGUUACCCCGCCACUUCGAUCAGUCUCGGCAGCGUCCUUUCCGUCGGCUGGGUUGCCGAGAACCAAGACCGCCUCCCAAUCGCCCUCUCCUACGGCGCUAUUUCCGAGUCCCUCCUCCUCUCUAUUCUAGAAUACCACAUGGAUCCGCGAUGGUGCGCCGCCCAAAGCCCUGACACAUGCCAUACCGUUGCGGGGGUGCGCUCCGCAAAAGACUUCCAUCGCCAAUCCAUCCCGCUACCAGGGUUCAUGGCCUAUCCACUCUUCUCCCCGCUCCGCGCGAUUGCUAAUUCCUCUGGCGCUGAGACAGGGGAGGCUGAGGUUCCAGUGAAGCAGGCGCUUAGAUCUGCGCGUUCGAUCCCUGCAGCUGUGGAGGUUGUUACGAGGGCGAUUGUUAUGAAGUUAGCGCGUGUGAUGGCCAUUUCGGCAAAGGAGGUCGAUCCGGCGAGGACAUUGGCGUCGUACGGGGUUGAUUCAUUAGUGACGGUUGAUUUGAAAGCGUGGUUUAAGAGAGAUGUUGGGGUUAAUGUCGCGUCCGGUGAUCUGCUGGGGGAUGUCUCUAUGCAGGGGUUGGCGGAAAAGGUUGCUGGGACCAGUGAGUUUGUGUCGCUUGGGAAGUAG